AAGGUGGGCCCCAUGGUAAGGGCGGCACCGUCCUGGGCGAGCUAGGGCCCGCACCUAAUCCGCUCCCCAACGGGACCUAAAUCCCUGCAUCUCCCUCUGUCGCUCCCGUUGUAUUCCCGUUCGACCGUUAAAAAUUCAAAUCUCCAACUGCAGAAAUCUCAAAAGCCUCCCGCUCUCUCUCUCUCUCUCUCUCUCUCUCUCUCUGUGUCUCUCAUGCAAUGACGGACAGUAAAGAUCUUCACCAAUCUUCUUCCUCCUCUUCCGCCCUCGAAUGGCAGAAGAUUUUCAACGCCCUAGUCCAGAUGCUGCAAUCCCAACAAUCCCAGGUCGAAACCCUAGCCAAGGAUCGUCAGCUUCUCCAAGAUCGCAUUCACAUCCAGCACCAGCACUGGCUCUCCGACGUCCGUCUCCUCCAAGAUCAUCUCUGUCAGGCUAAGAGUUCUUUGAUGGAGGCGGAUAUGGGCCGCACACUUGAGGCAGUCAAAUCGGAUCUUGUGGUUGGAAUGGUGCAGGGAGAGGCAUUCUUCUAUAAGAUGAAAUCAGAAAGGUCAGGGAGUGACUUGGAGGACUUGCAACAGGUUGUUGACUACUUGGGUCGCAAACUCUCAGAGAGAGAGGAAAAGUCAGAGCUAAGUAUUCAAGGAAUGGAUAAACGAAAGGGAGGUGAUAAAGACUUGAAGACUGGUAGAAAUGCAAAGGAAGAGGAUAAGCGUACCAAGACUUUGCAAGAAGAAAUACGAAGAUUAAAGAGUGCAAAUGAAAAGCUUAAUUCUCAGAAAAGUGCUGAGAUCUCUGCAUUGUUAGCAGAAAGGAAUUUUGUGUGGAACCAGUUUAAAAGGAUGGAAAGCGAUUAUACCAAUCUCUUGAAGAGUAAGCGCAUUGAAGUUGAACAUGCUAAUGAAAGCAUAGAAAAGAUUCAACUUAGUGUUGAGACAUUGCAGUCAUCGAACAAAGAAAAGGAUGAGGCCAUCUUCAAAUUAAAAGCAGACCUGGCUAAACAUAAGAUGGAAUUAGAAUCACUGAGAAGCUCAAGAAAGAUAGUUGCUAGUUGUCCCAGGAUGGAUUCAACUAGUUUCAGCUUGAAAAAUACGACCAACAGUGGGAGGCAAAAGCGGCAUCUUCUUAACAACAAACCAGAUGGAUCACAACCCUCCAAUUCAGCAAAGAGUGUUGAGCAGGGAUCUAAAAGAAGUUCAAAGAUGAGAGGAACAGAAGCAGUUUCCAUGUCAGGGACCCCAAGAUUGUUCUCAUCUUCCUUUAAAGUCCCCAAACUCAAGAUUUCUUGCUCACCUCAUCGUGUGUAAGUUGACUCCUUUUUAUCUUCCUAUUCUGUUUUCUAAUGGCCAAUUCUGAUAAGGAAUUCCAUGCCCUUCAAUUGCUGAGUGUCCCUCACACUAACAGCUAGCUGAAAGCCUGUAUUGUAUCUUUGUAAUGUUGAUGUGUUAUAUAUUUAUGUAUUUGAAGCUCAA